AUGGAUCGCAAACUUCAAAAAGUGGCUGGAAGAAAAACUCCCAAAAGAUUAUUCUACAUUGGUAGUGCUUAUCUUCGAAUGGGCAUUAAGCAUCGACCGCUAUCCAGAUCCAGACGCAGUCAUAAUAACAAUGAUCAUUUCAUGCCGCUGCCGUUGACACCGCUUACCCCACCUAGAUUAUUGGAGGAAGGUGAUAAAGGCAAAUUAGCAAAUUAUAGUAAUGACACGGACAUGAUUGAGGUUGCAAAGAUUAUAGCGAAUUUACAAGAUGCUGUGGUAUCACGUGAUAGUAGUAUAGUAGUAGUGGUUGACAAUAAAUACGUGGAUGAUGAUAAUAGGAAUGAUAUUAAAGGAAUCAAAAAAAGCAAGGAUAAUGAUGACGUAAUUAUGAAUGAUGCAGAUUUUAUUGAAAAAGAUAAUGUCAAGACUGCUAGUAUUUUUGAUGUUUCAAAUAAUAACCAGAUUUCAAGUGGUCAUAUUGAUGCUAGCAUGGAAGUUGACAUCGUGGCUAAUUCUAAUAAUAAAAAAAUAGAAAAAAACAUCGUGCAAAUAAAUCACUAUUAUAAGACAAGAAAAUCAAGUAAAAAUUCGAAGAACAUUAAUGACACAAAUGUACAGCAAAAAAUUGAAGCGAAUAAAAAUGACAAGAUUGAAAAUACUGAUGAUGUUAUUAGCAACAUUAAUAAUUACAUGAAUUCUUCAAUAUCUGAAUCAAGUAUUGGAAAGAAAGAAGUUGAUGUUCUCGUCGAGGAAAAGAAUGAAAAUAAUCACCAAGAUGAAUCUGAGAAGAAUGAAGCAUUUACAAAAGUUGAUGAGAGGGUAAUACAACAUAAACGUAAAGGUCAAGAACCUAAAAAAGAGCACGAAGAAGUAGCGCAGGAGCAAAAGAAAGGCGAAAUCGAUGCAAAUCAAGAUGGAGAUGGUGUAACGAAAAAAGCACCACGUUAUGAAUUACGGCCAAGAAAGUAUAACUCUAUAAUAUUUCAUCUCUCAAAAAACAAACCUAUACCGAAAACUCCGUAUGAUUUGCGAUCAAAAGAAAAGCCGAGACGAAAAUACAAACGACUUGUUGAGUAUCCGCCGAAACUCAAGAAAAUUUCCGAGCGAAAAAAGAAAUAUUUGGUUGCACAACGGAAUAAAAAUAAUGAUAAAGUUAAUUUCGACAGUAAUAACAGCGUUGUUCACAGUGACGCUGUUAGUGUCAUCAUCAAUAAUAAUGGCAUUGAAAGUAACAACAAUGCUAUCAAGGGUGAGGAAGAAGGAAAAUCGGAAAUUUAUAAUGUGAAUAGUAAUAAUGAUUAUAACAAUCUAGUUACUGCAGUUAUUAAUAUACCGAUCAACGGUUCAUCUCAAGACACUAAGCUGACGGCUAAUAUUCAAUCAUUAUCAUCUCCACAAGAACAACCUCAGCAAACUGACGAAUUACAUUUAAUUAAUAAGAAUGACAAUAAUGCUUCGCCACCUAAUAAAAACAAUAAUCAAAAGCAUAUUCAUGAUUCCAACAUCCAGAAUUCGAAAUCUCUGAGUCAAAAUAUUCGCAAAAGCAAUGAAAAGACGAAAACUCUAAUAAGAAUACCAAUUCCCAGUAAACAAACUAGGAACAAAAAACGAUCAUUAUCUGAUGCCCAAAAAUCAGCAUCUUCAACGUCUCCUAGUAAAUCAGUUUUACCCAAAUCAUCGGCAACAACAACAACUACCAUGAUAAAACCCAAAUGCCCGAAAAUUGAUCUUUCGAAAAUCGUGUCUUCACCGAAUAUCAGCAAAACAGAUACUUUACCAAAAGAAUCUCCUAAUAAAAUUCCAAAAUUAACAGAUAAUAACGAAAAACAAUCGAAAAUCACUCCCAAUAAAAAAGGUAAAAACAAAAAAAGUUUAAAAACAGAAAAUAAUUCGAAUCCUAUUCCUGAAGUCACUCAUUCAUCACUAGUCAAUGACAAAGUCGAGGAAUUUGUUAAAAAAUUUACAACAUAUUUCACACUUCGUAAAUCAUCAUCAUCUAUUGUUGCCUCCGAAAUUCAUGGAUUGAUGAAAAAUGACGACACAUCAACUAUCACUGAUGAAAUAUCUAAUGAUGCAAUUUCUCGAAUAAUAUCACGUGUCUCUAUACCACGUGACCCAGAGAUCUUGUUGACUAUCGGUAAAUGGAUACAAGCUCAACGACUGAGUCAAUCCCGAUUAUUAGCAUCUAAAAUAUCAAACCUCAUAUCGAAUGCCCUAUCGGAAGUUUUCACAUUUGAUAUUAUUAAUUUGGAGUAUUCAUUGGACUCAAAUCAGAUUAAUAUUAUCGAUGAAUUCUUUCAUCAUGUGGGAUUAAACUCAGAAUUACCCUUAAAGACUGUUGCUGAGGAAAUUAUAAAGAUAAUUUUUAUUGCAAUGCCUGAAAGUGAUGGCAAAGAAACAGAUAGGGUUCGAUGUUACAUUCAACAAUCGCAUGGCUCUAUAAUUAUUACCGCUAUGAACACUUGGAUACAAAAUAGGAAAUUAAAGAAUAAAAAAUCAGUUGCCGGUGAAAAUUGUAACGAUGUGGAAUCGGAUGGAAUGAUAUUAAAAAUUCAAGAAAUUGCAAAUAUGAUUAAGGAAGGGACUUCGAUUACUCCUAAUGUGACGACUACGACAAAAGAUGAUACAUCUUUAUCAACAUUAGUUCCCGCAGAUGAAGUCAAUAACAGUGAAAAUAUCAGCAGCACAAAUAACAAGGAGGAGCUGAUGAUCACAAAUCAUACCAAUGAUACGAUUGUUGUGCCAGCUACAUCAAAUAUCGAUCAAGGAAAUGCAAGUAACAACAGCUCAUCUGUACCCAUUGCAUCAGGUAUCGAUGUUUCCUCUUUACCUGGUGAGUCCCUUGCUGAUGAGGAUAAUAUGCAUGUUAAUUUUUUAUCGCCGUCAAAUAAUAUUAAUAAUCAAGGGCAAAGUAUUGUCUCAUUAAAUGAUUCUUUCAAUAACAAUUUAUUAAACAAAAAUAUUUUUAUUACUUCGAUCAAUGGCGAAGAUUCAAUUACUACUACUAAUACAACUGAAGCAACCACAUCAAUCCCAACAGCAUCACUGUCAUUACCGUUUUUCUUGAAGAAUAAAAACCUUGAAAUAAGUUCAGCAAAUAACAAAAUUUAUGACUUGAUUAAAGCAUCUCGAUAUCAACCUUACCAAAAGGAUUAUGUUGCUCCUUCUCCGCAUUUGAAAAAAGAUUCAGUAACAAACGAUAAUAAUUAUUCUACUACUAUUGUAUGUACAGUAGAUAAUACACUUGUUGAAACAUUUGUCAUCUAUCUUUCCAUUGGUCGUCUGUUAUCUUCGCCGAUAACAGUCUCCGAGGAAAUUUGUAAACUUGCACCGGCAAAUACCAGAUCCACAAUCACCGGUUCUACAAUUGCGAAAUUGACCUCCCGGGUUUUAAAUCAAAUCGAGCAAUCGGAGUUACAACUAAUCAAUACUUGGAUUCACCGGGAGCGAAUUCUUCGCACCAGAGAUCUGAUACAAGAGGUUGUCAAUUUGAUCAACGAACCGAUGCAACAGCUUUUCGGAAAUUCUGAAUUAUCGAGAAAUAAAAAUAAUAAAGAUGAAGAUCCGAGCGAAUUUAUUGUCAAAUGUGGGAUUGUCGAUGAAUUCUUCAAGUGGUAUAAUGUUGGAAAAGAUAAAAAGGGACUCGAUGAAGUAGCUAAAGAGAUUGUGCAGAUUAGAAAAAAUAGUCGGCAGGCGUUUUUGGUGAGUGCAAAUGGAAAUAUUCUUGAGCAAGGAGCUAAUACUAGAUAUGAGACUAGGAGUAAGGGUAUUAACAAUAGCAAGUGGUUAUUGGAGGCUAUGCGAAAGUGGAAUCAAGAGCAACAAGAACAAGUUUCACGAAGAUAA